AUGUCGAUCCCCGAUGCUUCUUCUCCUCUUUCACCUGUAUCUGAACUUAGUUUAGAAGAUAAUGAACAUGAAAACGCCAAUCUAUCCCUUCUUUUCGAUAGAUACAAGGAUAAGUUUACCAGAUUUCCAAAUGAAAAAGGUUGGAUGGGUCAAAACUUGUACAUGUACCAAGGGUUUUGGUACUCAUCCGAGAACGCAUUCUCAAUUGAAACUAUGAUGGCCUUACAAGAUACUUUCCAAGCUCAUUCAACUGAUAUCUACUUGGCUACACAACCAAAAUCUGGUACAACCUGGAUUAAGGCACUCGUGUUUGCUAUUGUGAACCGAAACAGGUACAAAAACGACUCUUCAACUAACCCUCUACUCAUCACUAACCCCCACAAAUGUGUCCCUUUCCUUGAGAUCGAAAUUGUUGGUAAAACGCCUACUUAUGUCCAUGCAAAUACACCACGUCUCUUUUCUACCCAUAUACCUUACACUGCGUUACCUCAAUCCAUUCUUGGUUCUGGUUGUCGUUUAGUUUAUAUGUGUAGAAACCCUAAAGAUGUUUUGGUCUCUUGGUUUCACUUUUCAAACAAGUUGAAUGAUAAAUAUCAUGUCCAAAUGACCAUUGAUGAGCUGUUUGAGGUGUAUAGUAAAGGUUUGAUGCCAUAUGGACCUUACUGGGAUCACGUGAAAGAGUACCAUAAGGUGAGUUCUGAACAUCCGACAAGGAUUCUGUUUUUAACAUACGAGGACAUGAGAAAAGAUACUGCAAAUAAAGUGAAGCGUCUAGCAGAGUUCUUGGGCUACCCUUUUACAGAGGAAGAAGAGGCCAAGGGUAAGGUGGAAGAGAUCGUGAAGCUAUGUAGUUUUGAAAAUUUGAAGGAGGUUAAUAAGCAUGGGGAUUUCCGUAAGGGUGUUCCUAAUAACAGUUUCUUUAGGGAAGGGAAAGUUGGAGGAUGGAACAACGAUCUUACAACUGAAAUGAGCCAGAUUUUGGAUGACAUUACCAAAGCAAAGUUCCAUGGUUUGGAUAUUUCAUUCUAA